AUGCCUUUUCGUUCGAAGGAAGCGACAACCCCAAAGAUAAAUUUACAAGUGCCUGGGACAGGCCACUUAAUAACUACGGCUGGAUACGCUGGAUACGCGAUAAGGUACAUACGUACUCCUCGCGACGACACGUGUAUAGGUGAAAAGUUCGAAGCUUUGAAAAUAAUACCCUUUGAGCUACGGACUUAUUCGCAAAAGAAACUCGGUACACCAGACAAACAGACUUAUAUAUGGGCCAUAGCUGAUGUCGGUGCAUGUGGCGAUAAUUUGCGCCCCUCGAGAGAUGAAGUCGCAGCUCUAGCAUGUUCUAUGUUGGAUCUUAAGUGGCAAGAGAACCUGUCAAUACACGAGGAACGACCACGUCGAGAAGAUAUGUUUCCGCGCUCAUAUCUGAUGCAGAUACUGCUUAUCAUUUUCGACGAGUACGGGCACUCUCGGGUCCUAGCUGGAUAUUUUGAUGGGCAACUCCAUGUUCAGUUCACCCGCAUUUUGGAUUUCAAGGAAUACGACAUAAUACCGCCUAAGGACAGGCCAUACAUUGAUACUAUCGACAAGGGCAAGUUUUAUGACAUUCUAAAUAUGCUUGCGAAAUGGUCAUGGCCCAUCCCAGUGGCAACCACGAAGGAAUACGCGGCGGUAAUCUUGGAUCUUCCAACAGAUGAUCACCCAGACACGGAUCUCGCUGAUGAUGAUUGGCUAUUUGCCCAAGAUGUGACUUAUUAA